AUAGAAUAGGAUGGUUUUGUUUUGAAAUUUGAUUAGGUCACCCGCUCUCCCUACUUCGUGUGUUUAACUUAGGUGGGUGCAGUCUUGUAUCCAAUUUUGAAUUCUCCCUUCCCACCCCAAACUUUUCAAAUUUCAACAAAUCCCAGACAUGGCAUCUGCGGUUCCCGCCGCGACGGGGCGAGAGUUGUCGAAUCCUCCAUCGGACGGCAUAACGAAUCUCCGAUUCUCAAAUCACAGCGACCAUCUCUUGGUCUCCUCAUGGGACAAGAGUGUGCGGCUGUAUGAUGCGAGCGCCAAUGUGUUGAGAGGAGAGUUCAUGCACGCUGGCCCUGUUCUCGAUUGCUGCUUCCACGACGAUUCCUCUGGUUUCAGUGCCGCAGCCGACAACACUGUUAGACGGCUUGUCUUCAGCUCCAAUAAAGAGGAUAUUCUGGGGAGGCAUGAUGCACCUGUUCGUUGUGUUGAGUACUCGUAUGCUGCAGGCCAACUGAUCACUGGUAGUUGGGACAAAACGCUGAAAUGCUGGGACCCUAGAGGCGCCAGUGGACAGGAGCGCACACUAGUUGGGACAUAUCCACAACCUGAGCGUGUGUACUCUCUCUCACUGGUUGGACAUCGCCUGGUUGUAGCAACAGCUGGAAGACAUGUCAAUAUCUAUGAUUUGAGGAACAUGUCUCAACCUGAGCAAAAAAGAGAAUCUUCAUUGAAAUAUCAAACCAGAUGUGUUCGCUGUUACCCUAAUGGAACAGGAUAUGCACUUAGUUCUGUUGAGGGCCGGGUUGCAAUGGAAUUCUUUGACCUCUCAGAGGCUAGCCAAGCGAAAAAAUAUGCUUUCAAGUGUCACAGAAAAUCGGAAGCUGGAAGGGACAUAGUCUAUCCUGUAAAUGCAAUUGCAUUCCACCCCAUAUAUGGCACAUUUGCCACGGGAGGUUGUGAUGGGUAUGUUAACGUAUGGGACGGAAACAAUAAAAAGAGGCUAUACCAGUACUCUAAAUAUCCAACUAGCGUUGCCGCACUCUCGUUUAGCAGAGAUGGACGCCUGUUGGCUGUUGCAUCAAGUUACACUUUCGAAGAAGGACCUAAAAGCAACGAAUCGGAUGCUAUUUUCGUUCGUAGUGUAAACGAGAUUGAGGUGAAGCCGAAGCCCAAAGUCUAUCCAAAUCCUCCAGCGUGAUUCCUGAUGGUCACUGUGUUUUAUUUUAUUUUUUUCUUCAUUUCUACUGUUGCACUUCUUCCUAGUGAACACCAAAAACUAAAUGUAAAAUCGCUAGCUUAUUGUUGGGCACGGGUCACUGUCAAUAUGCUUUCCUAUUGAUUUGUCUUUAUCCCCGUCAAAGUAAAUUGAAAUUGAUAACAACACCCUUAUCCAGGUCAGGUUCAAAAUAUGAA